GUAAGCUAUACAUUUAGCGGGAAUAAGCAAUAAUCAGCAAAUAAAGCAGAAAGCCGGCAAAGCAUUAUCCGAAAAACAACACAGAAUGGCUCCAGAUCUAACAUCGGGUGCUAUUGAGGCUAUAGUUGGUGGAAACACAUUUGAUAGACCUGUCUUGCAGAUUAUUAGCUCAAAGAAGAUAACAGCAGCAGGAUCCAGUGCAGAUAGAUACAGACUCCUUCUAUCAGAUGGACUACACAGUUAUUCACAUGCCAUGUUGGCCACACAACUGAACAACUUAAUGGAGUCGGGGGAGAUGGACAAUUUAGCAGUGGUACAAGUUGACAAAUAUUUAUGUAAUACAAUCCAGGGAGACAGACGUGUUUUGAUACUCCUAGAUCUUAAUGUUAUAGCCAAAGGUAGUGAUGUAGGAGUGAGGCUGGGAAACCCUCAGCAGUUUAAACCUGGGGAAGUGAGAAACGAAAAUGCAGCACAACCAAAUGGACAGCCUGUAGCACAAGUACAGUCCCCUGUUAAAAAAGAACAGCCAUCAAAUACAUCAAAUGGACCGACUUCAGCCUACAAUAGUAGACCUCCACAAAACACAGGUUCUAACUUCAGACAAGGUAAUAAUCCACCAGCCAGUAAUUAUUCAAUAAAGGCAGCCCCUGGAACACCAGGUACACCAGGCAGUACAAGAGUCCAUUCUAUUGCCAGUCUGACGCCAUAUCAAAACAGAUGGCGGAUCAGGGCUCGAGUAACACAAAAAUCUGGUAUCAGAACAUGGAGUAAUUCUCGAGGAGAGGGCAGACUGUUUAGUGUUAAUUUCUUGGAUGAAUCUGGAGAAAUCAGAGCUACAGGGUUUAAUGAGGCUAUUGAUAAAUACUAUGACAUGUUGGAAGUUAACAAGGUUUAUUUUGUCAGCAGAGGAACGUUGAAAACAGCAAACAAACAAUAUAGUAAUGUAAAUAAUGAUUAUGAAAUGACAUUUAAUAAUGAUACAACAGUAGAAGUGUGCACUGAUGAUGUUGAUUUACCAACUGUCAAAUUUGAAUUUACAAAAAUUAACGAAUUGGAAAGUAAAGCACCUGGCAAUAAUAUAGAUCUGAUUGGAGUCGUUAGAUCUUGUGGGGAUGUUGGUACAGUGAUUGGUAAGGCUAGUCAGAAGGAGAUUACCAAAAGAGAGGUCCAGUUGUGUGACCAGUCUGGCAUGGUCGUUAAUCUGACAUUGUGGGGAAAUGAGGCCCAAACGUUUGAUGGCUCUGGUUGUCCAGUAUUGGCAGUAAAAGGAGCAAAGCUGUCAGAUUACGGAGGUCGUUCAGCAUCAGUUUUGGCAUCAAGUCAAAUGUUAAUAAACCCAGACAUCAAAGAAGCUCAUAUAUUACGAGGAUGGUAUGACCGUGAUGGACAGUCAUCAGAGUUCCAGACUUACCGUAGUGAAGGUGGUGGAGCAGGUGGUGGAGGUUCUUCUACCAACUGGAAAUGUUUCAGUGAAAUUAAGGCUGACAACAGUAUUGGUCAGGGAGAUAAGGCUGAUUAUUUCACCAGUAAAGGAACUGUUAUAUUCUUACGUAAAGAGAACUCUAUGUAUAAGGCUUGUCCAAAAGAGGCUUGUAAUAAGAAACUCAUUGACCAAGGAAAUGGUAUGUUUAGAUGUGAAAAAUGUAAUCAUGAAGUGCCAAACUUUAAAUGGAGAAUGAUUUUAUCUGCAAAUCUGGCAGACUUCUCUGACAACCAGUGGGUAACUUGUUUCCAGGAGUCAGCUGAACUUAUACUAGGAAAACCAGCUGAUGAGUUAGGAGACCUUAAAGAUACAAAUGAGGCAGCAUAUGACCAGGCAUUUCAAGACGCAAUGUUCAAAUCGUAUAUCUUCCGAUUGCGAGCAAAAAUUGAAACGUAUAAUGAUGAAAGCAGACUAAAGACAGUAUGUGUUAACGCUACACCUGUAGACUGGGCAGAACAAAGCAGAAGAUUGAUAGAAGAAAUUGAGAAGUUACAGGCAUCAUGAAAUAUAUGUCCUGCUUCAGACUCUUUAAGAACUAUUAAGUUAUUCCUGGACAGAAGGAUGUCAGUUUUAAAUGUACAGUGUAGAUAUCAAUAUAUGAGCAGAGUCGGAUAGAAAUCGACAAUGCAAGUGAAUGUAUAAGACUUUGAUUGAUUUUAGAACAUUCAAAUACAAAAUAAAAGAUGAAUUUUUGUCUGUUUUGUAUGGUUCUUAUAUCAACUCAUUUUUAAAACAGUAACAGACUUGUUGCAUCAAGAUUUUUUUCACCCGAAAUAAGUUAACAGAUGUAAUGAUAUUUAUUUGCACAAGGUCGAUUUCCAUCCAACACAGAUCAUAUGAUAAAUUGUAUUGAUCAAGUAUUCAGCAUGAUUGACUACCUAUAUAUUUGCAUUUAACAUUCUUGUAAAUUACUUUUAAAUUAAGAAAAUGUAUUUGUACAAAAACUUACUAAAGAUGGCUUAUUAGAAGUUUUCCUGUUUGGUUUCCUGAAUAACUGCUAAAUCAUUUAGAAAUCUGUUGUCAAAUCCAAAAUUGAAUCUUCUAAUUUAUUUGUUUCAUUUUUUUGUGGUCAAUUUCUACUUCUUGCACAAGAUGUUAACUUCGGGAGAUAAUAUUACAAAACCUAACGAGUACUGUAAAUACAGAAAUGUUUUUAUUGUGUAAAUUGCAAAGGGAAAUGGUUCGCUUAAAUGAAAAUUUGAGUUUUAAAUUUUGAUAGCAUUAUUUGUAUUCAUCAUUUCCUGAAAUAAUUGAUCUCACAUUUUUGUCAACUGUUCAAAAUUGGCAACAAUAAAUUUACAGCAAUUUUUCUUCAGCUAUGUAGACAUCAUUUAGACCAUCACUGUGAAAGUAAGAUAUAUAUUUUUAAGUGCUGUUUAUUAAUAUUUGUGCUAUAUAUAACGCUGUAUUAUUCGUUUUGUUUAAAGGUGCAUAUAGUGAGAUGUGGGUAUUUUUUUUUUGGGG